AUGUGUCCCCGUGUCACCCGUUCUGCCCCGUCUCUCCCAGCAGCUCAGGAUGUGGCGCCGGAGGCUGGUGGGGCUGCUCCGGCUGCGCCCGCCCGGUGACACCAGGCCUGUCCUCGCUGCUGCCGCUCGCUGCCACCACACCGAGCCGGAGGCCCUCAAGUGUGCCUGGCAGUUACACCGCGACCACCUGGAGCUCAGAUACGCCAACACGCUGAUGCGGCUGGACUUCGUGUGGCUGCGGGACCACUGCCGCUCCGCCUCCUGCUACAAUGCCAAGACCAACCAGCGCAGCCUGGACACGGCCAGCGUGGACCUGGCAAUCAAACCCAAGACUGUGCGAGUGGAUGAGACCACGCUCUGCCUCACCUGGCCGGACGGGCACGUGACGCGCUACGGGCUGGAAUGGCUGGUGAAGAACAGCUAUGAGGGGCAGAAGCAGCAGGUGAUGCACCCCCGGAUCCUCUGGAACGCCGAAAUCUACCGCCAGGCCCAGGUGCCCUCCGUGGACUGCCGGAGCUUCCUGGAGACGGACGCGGGGCUGAGGGAGUUCCUGCAGCACUUCCUGCUGUAUGGCAUCGCCUUCGUGGAGAACGUCGCUCCCACCAAGGAGGACACAGAAAUGGUGGCGGAAAGGAUCAGCUUGAUCAGGGAGACCAUUUACGGCAGGAUGUGGUACUUCACCUCCGACUUCUCCCGGGGGGACACUGCCUACACCAAGCUGGCUCUGGAUCGUCACACAGACACAACCUACUUCCAGGAGCCCUGUGGCAUCCAAGUGUUCCACUGUCUGAAGCACGAGGGCACGGGCGGGCGGACGCUGCUGGUGGAUGGUUUCUACGCGGCGGAGCAGGUUCUCCAGCGCGCCCCGGACCAAUUCGAGCUGCUCACCAAGGUCCCGCUGAAGCACGAGUACGUUGAGAACGUGGGAGACUGUCACAACCACAUGAUUGGGAUUGGGCCAGUUCUCAAUGUCUACCCCUGGAACAACGAGCUUUAUCUCAUCAGGUACAACAACUACGAUCGCGCUGUCAUCAACACGGUGCCGUACGACGUCGUGCACCGCUGGUACGCUGCGCACCGCACCCUCACCGCGGAGCUGCGCAGGCCAGAGAACGAGCUCUGGGUCAAACUGAAGCCAGGCAAGGCCCUGUUCAUAGACAACUGGCGUGUGCUGCACGGGCGGGAGGCGUUCACCGGGUACCGCCAGCUCUGCGGCUGCUACCUGACGAGGGACGACGUGCUCAACGCCGCGCGCCUGCUGGGGCUCCGCGCUUAG